AUGUCAAACUCUCCAAUCACUUCGCCGACCAAGAACAACGACGAACCACCACUAACACCCCCAAUCGACCCACUCUCGCAACAAAUCACCAUUGCUUAUCCCUUACAAACCGUGUUUCCAGAAGAAUCGACAACGAAGAAGGUCUCGUCGAGUAAGAAGGGGAGUCGAACACGCAAAUCAACUUCAUCCCCUGCUACAACGAAGGUUUCGAAUCAAAAGGGUAAGAAAUCGAAAUCUAAAUCUGUUUCCAAAUCUGUUCAUACAAUGCAUGAACUAUACAUUAAGAACUUAGAAGAACCAAAUGUUGAUGCUAGUGCUGGAGCAACUGUAAAUGAGAAAACAACCUCUCCGUUUGAUUUAAAGUCUGUUCCCUUAGGAUUAUCAAACCCUAGGUCUGCUGAGAAUUUGGGGAAAAAGGAUUUAGAGACCGCUGUUAGUGCUGAUGAUGAUAUUGGGGCUUAUUCUAAAGCCAAAUUUGACUCUGUGUUGGAAUUAAUUAAGAAAUUUUCCACUGAGCAGGAUGCUGCACAUCAUGCUACAGCAUCUACAGUGCCUGUUGAUUUUAAUAGUUCUUUGGUGGCUGAUUCUCCUGAGAGGAAUGUUGGUCCUGACAACACUCCUAACAAGACUGUCCCUAAUUCUACUGAUCCUAAUACUCCUAUUAUCCAUCCUGUGUCUGAUAAUGUGAUUGAUAAUACUCCUGAUGCUGAUCAUUUGUCUAAUGCUGCUGCUAAUGAUAAUCCUGGUGAUAGUCAUCAAGUUGUAAUUGAUGUUGACAACUUCAAUUCUGGUAUCAAUGUUGGUGAAAGACAACCUCCUGCCUCUAUGUCUAGGAGGUUAAGAAGUAGUGCUAGCAAAGAAAAAGAUGUUUCUGGUACCCCUGCCAAGACUCCACAAAAGAAGGCUACUGUUGUUGGUCCUAAGAAGCAGUGGAGUAAGGUUAUUGGACCCUCUGAGUCCAAGAAGAAAAGCCUGAAGAGAAAGGUUGUCUCCUCAAGUGAUUCAGACUUUGAGGAUGAUGCUGCAGCACCUAUUGCAGCAUCCUCACAGAAGGCUGCUAAGAAAAAGAAGACUGUGGAAGAUAUUCCUCCUGUUCCUAUUGAUAAUAUAUCCUUCCAUCGUGUAGAAAAUGCAGAAAGGUGGAAAAUUGUGGUUAACAGAAGAUUAGCUUUGGAAAGAAACUUGCAUGAAGACUUUCUUGAAUGUCAAGAGGUUAUGGACUUGAUCAAUAAGGCUGGGCUGCUGAAGACUGUGACUGGUCUUGGAAACUGUUAUGAGAAAUUGACCAGAGAAUUCUUGGUCAAUGUUACAGCUGAGUGUGGUAAUCCUCUGAGCUCUGAGUACUUGAAAGUUUUUGUUAGAGGAAGGUGUGUGGACUUCUCUCCAGCCAUCAUCAAUCAAAGUCUGGGAAGGAGUACUGAUCCCUCACCUGAGUUAGAAGUAUCUAUGAAAAAGAUCUGCAGCAUUCUCACAGGUGGUGGUAUGAAGACUUGGCCUAGGACUGGAAAGUUGCCUGCUGCAAAAUUGACUGCCAAAUAUGCACUUCUCAACAAAAUUGCAGCUUCUAACUGGGUCCCCACUACACAUUCCAACAGUGUAGCUACAGGUCUGGCAAAAUUUAUAUAUGCUGUAGGUACUGGUACAUGCUAUGAUUAUGGCACUCAUAUUUUUCAUGCUACAAUUCUCCAUGGCUCUUCUACUGCUGUAAAAAUGCCUAUAGCAUUUCCCACUCUGAUCUGUAGUAUUGUUUUGUCUCAACAUCCCGACAUCUGCACUAACUCUGAUGUGCCUGUCUCUAGACCUUCAGCUCUGACCAUGGAUUUUAGAUUAUUGGAAGGCAAACAUGUUGCAGACAUUGCUGCAGCAUCUGCAAAGACACCAGCUGUAGGAAUGACCAAGCAACAGAUGAUUGCUAAUCUCAAGGAGGUAGGUAAAAUGCUUGGUGAGAAGAAGGAGCUGGUAGAUGGUGUAAUCCAAGCCCUAGAGUUUGCUCAGCCACAGGCUAAUGAGGAUGGAGUUGGUCCUUCCCAUGAUGUUUCUCAUGAUGAUGAUCUUGCAGGUGGUGACACUGUAGAAGAGGAGAUGGCCUCUGAUGAAAGCCCCUCCAUAUGA